UUGGGAGAAGGACAUCACAUUACUAAAAUCAGAGGAAUUUCUUACCAUGUCUGUCCCUACCAUCGCCGGGACCUUUGUGAUUGUUUUCUGCCUACCAGGAGCAAAUGGUCAGUUCAUACCACUUGGCCCAGUUCCAAGCAAAACCAAUAUACCACCUACCACAACCACCACUACCGCACCACCGUCGACCAACCACUUCCACUUCAUAACACUCCCACAGAGUCCACAAAGCACUCACAGCAUCGGUUGUCCAGAUGGUUGGACUAGAUAUGAUUCUCGGUGUUACUUUUUCGCUACUCACAUUGCACAUGAUUGGGUAGAGUCAGCGCAUUAUUGUUCACAGUUUGGUGCAACAUUGGCAACCAUCGAAUCAGAAAGAGAGAAUAAUUUUAUAAGACAACAUUUACUCGACUUUGCAAAACCAGUUGAUUUUUGGGUUGGAGGAACUGACACUGUUAUUGAGGGUGACUGGCAAUGGGUGACGUCACAAAACAUAAUGACGUAUUCUGAUUGGUAUCCCGGCAACCCAAGUAAUUUUCAUCACAGUGAGAACUGCCUUGAGCUUCUCCAUAAUUACAAGUAUCACUGGAACGACCAGGACUGCCGUGUAGUCAAUCAAUUUAUCUGUGAAAUGUCGGAUGGUUCUCAACACCACUUUUUCGGAUAGAUAAUAUUAAUGUCUCACUUAAAAACU